UUGACUGGACAUGUGAACGGUGAAUUCUCUGUUGCCGUGACUCCUGCCAGCAUGGAUUCCAUUGAACCAGCGACCAAAGGCAUCCUGAAGCCCCGGGUGAUGGGUGUGAUCCUCAGCAUUGCAUCCUGCCUCAUCAUUUCCACAAACCUGCUGGUGGCAGCUGCCCUACUCAAGCUGCUCCGCAGGAAGGGCAGCCAAAGCUGGUGCUUUGUCCUCAACUUGGCGCUGGCCGACACCCUAGUGGGCCUCGCCAUCACCGGCCUCGCCAGCGAAGACUUCAAGAGCAGCAGCAACAACACUGAUAGCAGUGGCCACAUUGUCAAUGAGCAUCCCAGCGCUGCCACCCCACUUUCUGUUGAGGGCAAGACCAGGUGUCUAAUGCGCAUGGCCUUUGUCACAUCGCCAUGCACAGCAUCCAUCAUGUCCAUGUUCCUUAUCUCGCUUGAUCGCUAUGUUGCCAUCAAGAUGCCCCUGCGCUACUCCCAGCUGUCUGGGAAGGGGGCCGUGGCUGGGUCGCUGGUGGCUCUGUGGAUCUCGUCCCUCAUUAUGGGAUUCCUGCCAGUCAUGGUGCGCCAGCUCCAGACGGACAGCUACAGUGGCUUCUGUGCCUUCUUCUCCGUCAAUCACCAGGAGGGCAUCAUCGUCUUAUUCUGUGUGUGUUUCUUCCCUGUGCUCUCCGUGUUCGUUUACAUCUACCUGGACAUCCUGAAGAUCGCCUGCAGCCACCAGAAGCAGAUCUGCCAAGUUAGACAAGCAGGCUCCAGGACGCAUCGCCACCAUCAUCAUCAACAUCAUCAUCAUCAUCAUCAUCAUCAUGAUCACCAGCAGCAGCAACAGAGCAGCCGAUACUGGGCCCAUGUCAAAGCCCUUAGGACUGUGGCAGUGCUGGUGGGCUGCUUCUUGGUCCUCUGGUGCCCCUUCUUUGUGGUGUGCAUGGUGCAGAUUCUGUGUGAACACUGCAUGCUGACCAAGGUGCUGGAGAAUCAGCUGUGGCUCCUGGGGCUUUCCAAUUCACUGAUAAACCCGUUAGUUUAUGCCUUCUGGCAGAGGGAGGUGCGUCUGCAGUUAGGAGACAUGUUUUCCUGCUUUAAGAGUAGGUCGCUGGCCCCUGAAACAUUAGGCAUCACAGAAGGUCGUUGCCAACAGCAGCCUGCGGAGGUUCAUUCUGGUGUUGCUGGCGUCGAUGCCCCUGACCCGACACUGUUGCCCCGAAUUACCCUUCACGAUGAGGCUCACACCCUGCCACUGUCUGUCUCAACUGGCUUGUGA